AUGGAAGCUGGUAGUGCAAGUGAAAGCCAGGAUAUUACAGUUUCACAUACUGAGACACAUAAAAAUACUGAUAAUGUUUCUAACACUGAAUCUAUACCAUCUACAUCUCACAGCUCAUCGUCUGAACAAAGGCAAAGAAAGAGAAAGAACGAUGAAUCUUUAGCUGUUUUACUGAAAGACAUUAAUGCAAAUUAUGAAAAGCGUCGCCGUGAGAUAAAAGAGAAAGAGACAGCUGAAAGGGAAUCAAGAAGACAUCCUUUAAAACUGUUUUUGAUAGUAUGA